AAAAUAUUUACAUCCAUUCAUCAUCUCCUUCGAUCAUAUUCAGUAUGAGCUACACCAAUCAAAGCCAGCCUCCUGACACCGCUGCCGGGCCUCCUCCACCACCACAAGGUUAUCCGUCGGAAGGACAAAUUAAAGAGAUAUACCCAUCACAAGGAUACGGAUAUCAAGGAUAUCCGCCACAAGGAUACCCACUGCAAGGGUAUUCACAUCACGGGUACCCAUCCCAUGGUUACCCUCCACAAGGGUACCCACAACAAGGAUAUCCACAUCAUGGAUACCCUCCACAAGGAUACUCACAUCAUGGGUAUCCACAACAGUAUGCCAUUCAUUAUGUUCCUCCUCAUCAACCCCCGCAAGGCAGCGGUUUCGCGGAAGGCUGUUUAGCUGCCCUAUGUUGUUGUUGUCUUUUGGAUGCAUGCUUUUGAAGAAGCUCACGAGUUGCAGAUUUCUUUACCUUUUGAUUUUGUUGUAGGAAAUAACUUGGACUUACAAAUAAAAACGUGUAUUGGUUUUCUUUAAAAUGAUCGUUUAGGUCGAUAGAUUGUGAGAGAUCAUUCAUUUAUCUGGUUUAUAUGAAAACGAUGUUUGUAGAACCCUGAUAGUCAGUCUAUUGUGAUAUUGUAUGGCCUAUAUUAUUUUUUGCAACAUGAAGGUCAAUUGUGAAU